AAAAAACAGAAAACCACAGCGAUGCCAAACGAACCCUUAGUUUGCGGUUUGGUACGGUUUAAACCAAACUCCGUAUAUCCUUAUUCAUCAAUUGUUGAUUAACGACCAUCCUAAUCCCCAAAACCAACCAUUUUAGUAGACUAACCCCACACAUCCACAAGAGCCAACCACCUCCACCACCAACUUCCGAUCAUGCCGGUGUUCAAAACCCCCUUCAAUGGCUACUCCGUCAAAUUCAGCCCCUUCUACGAACACCGCUUAGCCGUCGCAACCUCCCAAAACUUCGGCAUCCUCGGCAAUGGCCGCCUCCACAUCCUCGACCUCUCCCCCAUCCCAUCUCCCACCCCCAUCUCCGAACUCACCUUCUUCGACACCGCCGACGGAAUCUACGACGUCGCCUGGUCUGAAUCCCACGACAACCUCCUCGUCGCCGCCGUUGCCGACGGCUCCCUCAAGCUCUACGACCUCUCUUUACCCCCUCAACAAAACCCUUCUCGCUCUCUCGCUGAACACACCCGUGAAGUUCAUUCCGUCGAUUGGAACCCAACUCGCCGUGAUUCCUUCGUUUCUGGUUCAUGGGAUGAUACAAUCAAGCUUUGGACCGUCGAUCGCCCCACCAGUGUGCGCACCUUUAAAGAACAUGCGUAUUGUGUUUACUCCGUUGCUUGGAAUCCCCGGCAUGCCGAUGUUUUCGCUUCGGCUUCCGGGGAUUGCACGGUUCGGGUUUGGGAUGUUCGUGAGCCGGGCUCUACUAUGAUCAUACCUGGUCAUGAACAUGAGAUUUUGUCUUGUGAUUGGAAUAAGUAUGAUGAGUGUUUGCUGGCUACUGGGUCCGUUGAUAAGACGGUUCGGGUUUGGGAUGUGAGGAGUUAUAGGACUCCCAUUGCUGUUCUUGCUGGUCAUGGGUAUGCUGUAAGGAAGGUUAAGUGUUCGCCGCAUCGCCGGAAUAUGGUUAUGAGUUGUUCAUAUGAUAUGACUGUUUGUAUGUGGGAUUUUAUGGUGGAGGAUGCUUUGAUUGGGAAGUAUGAUCAGCAUACUGAAUUCGCGGUUGGGAUAGAUAUGAGUGUUCUUGUUGAAGGGUUGUUGGCUAGUACUGGUUGGGAUGAGAUGGUUUAUGUUUGGCAACAUGGAACUGAUCCUAGAGCCACUUAGCAUUGUUUUUUUAAUGGGGGUUUUGAGAGAGGAGGUCUUGAAACUUGUUCCUCGGGAAAGGUUGUGUUUUCGUAGUAGUUGCUGCUCCAUUGUUGAACAGCUGUUUGCUGGAGUUGUCUUCCAUUGGGGAAACUUCAAUUUGGCGAGUGCCCAUCCGUUGUUAGAGCCAGCUCCAGCCCAUGUUUGGCUCAAUGCCAUCAGAUUUUGUAUGAUUCUUCUUUGAGCAGAUUUUUAACUGAAUGAAUGUUACCAGAUCAAAUUGUUCUCGUCGAA